ACCCUGUCAGUUUCUGAAAUAAAUAUUGGGAAACGGCGAGAUGCAGAAGGCAACCUACUACGACAGCUCCGCAAUUUACAGUGGCUACCCGUAUCAAAGCGCAAAUGGCUUCAGUUAUGAUGCCAAUCAGGUCCAAUAUCCCCGGGCCUCUCAUGUGGAAAGUGAGUACCAUCGACCAGCCUGCUCCUUGCAGUCCCCAGACGGCUUGGUCGCCCUGCAGAAGCCGGGGGAGAUGGCGGAGAACUGCGAUAGGGGUACGGCCAUCCAGGCAGCGCAGCCACCCGUCCUCACUGAAAGCAAUCAACCGCAGAUGUCGGUGUCUGUCCCACCACCCCCUCCCCAGUCACAGUCCCCCGGUUCUCUCAACCAGAACACGAACAACGGCUCCUGUCAACCCAACUCAAAGAGCUCGGUGCACAGCUCGCCGACCACCACCCGGAAGCACAUCUUCCCCUGGAUGAAAGAGUCCCGUCAGAACCAGAAGCCUAAAACCAGUAGCUCCAGCUCAGUUGAGAGUUGCCCUGGAGACAAGAGCCCCCCGGGCGGGUCAGCCGCGUCGAAGAGAGCCCGGACGGCUUAUACCAGCGCACAACUGGUGGAACUGGAAAAGGAGUUCCACUUCAACCGCUACCUCUGCAGACCCCGCAGGGUCGAGAUGGCCAACCUGCUCAACCUCACGGAGAGGCAGAUUAAGAUCUGGUUCCAGAACCGCAGGAUGAAGUACAAAAAGGAUCAGAAAGGGUGUGGCAUGAUGCCUUCUCCCGGGGGACAGUCCCCUCGGAGCCCCCUCGGCCCAUCACCCGGAGGCGGGGGUGGAGGAUACCUCAACUCUAUGCAUUCUCUGGUUAACAGUGUACCCUAUGAGUCCCAGUCGCCAACGUCUUACAAUAAGCCCGCUCAUAAUGCAUACGGUAUGCCUACGUCAUAUCCCCCUCCCUUGAACAGCUCCCUAAACAACUGCCCGCCCUCUCAGAAGAGGUAUCCCGGGACUGGCGGCUCGGCCACGCCCGAGUAUGACGCGCAUCCUCUCCAAGGAAAUGGCGGCUAUGGGACGCACUUGCAGCAGGUCAGCCCUGUGUAUGUAGGCGGAGGUUACAUCGAUUCGAUGCCCAACAACAGGGCCUCCGUUUUCGGCCUGACCCAUCUCUCGCACCCGCCGUCCACAAACAUGGACUACAAUGGAGCAAUCACUAUGAGCAAUAGUCACCAUCAAAGAGUGUGCGAUCCAAACCCGACAUACACAGACCUUAAUACGCCGCACUACUCUCAGGGAAGAAUUCAGGAAGCGCCCAAACUGACACAUCUGUAGCCGGGUUGCACCCUGGAUCACUCCGCCCCAUUGUCUUACCUGAUGAACCACCAUCGCUUUGUUUCUUUUGUUCUUUAGUAGCUUUUUCCACCUUCUCUUUGUUCUAGGUUAUGUUUGUUAUUUUUUUAAAUAUAGUUUAAUGUGUGACGUAGCAUAGGAAAGUAAUCACGCUUGCUUCAAAUGUUCACUCUAUUUGCUAUAGUGUUAUUGUUCUGCACAGACCUAUUAUCUGAGACAACACGCGCGGGGGCACAUACGCAUAGACCUAUUUAAUCUUUAACUUGUUUCUAAAACCAAAUCAAACAGGGUAUAUGAACAAAUCUUAUGGUAUUAUUUUAAUGUGAAUGUGUUAGUUUUUUGGUAUUUAUCCGCAGUUGAAGAUUUGUUUUGUGUUAUUGUUUUGCAUUUUGUUGCACUUGUGGAAGGAUCCUUAAAAAAGGGAGGCCUGGAAGCUCCAGCCUACGAUCUAACCAGCUUGUGUUCUGUUCGACUUUCAACAUGUUAUUUAUUUAUAUGACGUUAUAUGGAGUUCUUUAGUAUUAUUUGACCCCCCUGUGCUCUUUGUAUGUGGAGAGAAGGCUAUUGGAACCAGGCCUAGGCUCUAGUUCUCCCCCUUACCUGACAGCAGACAGACGACAGAGAGACAGACAGACACAACACUGAUAUGUUGGUGUUAUUUGUUUCUUCUUCGAGGAGGUAUUUUAUUUCUCUACGAAUGCAAAUCAACCAGUCACGCUUGGAAGGACGGACAGAUAUUAGACGUUUCUUUAUUGAACAAAUAUUCUAGAUAUCACCAAGUUUAUUUUUCAGUGUCAUACAUUCCAUGCUGCUCCAGUUCGAAUAAAUAAAGAAAUGAAUUUAAAUAUGAA